GAGACAGUUAUUUCAUUAUCCCACGAGUCUCCAGCGAUGAUUAUCCUUGUCGGGCAAUCUACCAAGCAGGUGCAACCUCCCAUCGAUGAAAUCAGGGAAAGUAACCCCCAAAUCCAAGUGAAAUUCAUCGCGGCCGACCUGGCAUCCCUCAAGAGCGCAAGAAACGCAGCUCAAACUAUACCUGAAGAACAGGAAAUCACCAAGAUCGACGUUCUCAUCAACAAUGCUGGAGUCAUGGCCUGCCCGUUCCAAACCACCGAGGACCGUCUUGAGUUUCAACUAGCCAUCUCGGACAUUUCGUCCUAACCAACAAGAUCAUGCCCAAAACCCUAGUCGCUGGCGCGGGGGCUCGACUUGUCCUAGCCACUAGUUCGGCUCACUGAUAUACUCCUUUCGCUUAAACGAUCCAAACUUCACCGAGGAAGAUUCCUACAGCUCGAUUGCUGCGUACGGC